AUGUUCUUCCUCAAGGAAGAGACCAAGGUUAUUUCCCUGCACCCAUCUUACUUUGGACCCAAUGUGCGAGAAUACCUCAUCACCCGGCUGAAUGAGGAGGAGGAAGGACGGUGUACCGGUGACCACUUCGUGAUCUGUGUGAUGGACAUGGUGGAUAUUGGCGAGGGGCGCGUGAUGCCCUCGAGCGGACACGCUGAAUAUACCAUCAAGUACCGUGCGAUCAUCUGGAAACCCUUCCGCGGCGAGACGGUAAGCACUGAGACCCGAGCUUUUGGGUCGCAAAAGACUGACCAGUCAUUGCAGGUCGAUGCCAUUGUCACCUCUGUCAAGCCGACGGGCAUCUUCACUCUGGCCGGACCGCUGUCCGUUUUCAUUGCGCGAAAAAAUAUUCCCUCCGACAUCAAGUGGGAGCCCAACACCGUGCCUCCGCAGUAUACCGACCACGCAGACCAAGUGAUCGAGAAAGGAACCAGUUUGCGUUUGAAGAUUCUUGGUGUGAAACCCGACGUGGCAGCCAUCAAUGCUAUUGGCACCAUCAAGGAGGAUUAUCUUGGGUAA